GGGUUUUACUGUAAUAGUUUCCAAACUGAUUAUUUUCCUAUAAAAGCACAUAAACUAAUCAAUGUACUUUUUAUCCGUUUAGAGUUACUGGUAAAUUUUUAUCUAAAGCUUAUGAGUUUGCUCAAAGUUAAUCACGUGCUUUAUAACAGCCACCUUUCCCUCACUUUAUACAAAAUGACAAGACAAAACAAUUCUCCGACACUGGAAAUCGCAAUACACAUGGUCCAUGUGAAUUUGCUGUUGCUAUAGAAACCGUGAAGUAUGAAUAGAAUUGCUUUAAUAUAGAGCUAUAGAACUAUAUAUGUGUUUAUAACAUUUCUGUCAGAGUUGCUGUCAUUGGUCUUUCUGACCAAUCAGAUUGGAGAAUUUUAACAGCGAAAUUCUAUGUUAUAAACUCGACUUUGAGAAUCUGACAGUGUGACGACAUGUUCGUUUGCCAGCAGUCAUUACAAAAGCUAUGUCAGAACUGUGUGCUAAGUUUAUGAGUAUGUGUAUUUUUCCAGGCUCCGGAAGAACAGGGUCUAGCCGGAGAUGGUCAGAGUGGGUGUGGCCUUACACUAAGCGUCAGUAUUAGGAGGAGGGGCAUAUUAGAGAAGGGGAGCGCUUGACAGGAGGGCUCCACAACAAGCUGUGGCAUUUGAGCUCGGUGCUGAAACGGUCUGCACCCGCUGGCUGGCCAACGUCGCGGUCACAGAUUGGAGAGAGAGAGAGGGGGAGGAAAUGAGCGAGGGAUAUUCUGAAAGGUAGAACAUUCUAUAUUGAUGUGUAGAAGAAAGACAGGCUUUGUUGGGGCAAAGGCAGGAGGAGUUUAAAGAAAAGUACAAGUGCAAGGAUUCACUCUGCUUCUUAGGUGUCUGCUGUCAUUGGGCUUUUUUUAGGGCUUUAUUUUUACCACCAGGAUUACGUCCCUACAGUUUUGGCCCAGAGGCUUGCAUCUGCUAGUACACUAGUGUGUAGGUUUUUUGUAGAGUUUUUUAUUGUUGGACAUGGCCAUGGCUGAGAGGAACCUCAAACUGGAUCGCGUGGCUCUUAAUGAAAGCUCUGAUGACGACGAGGUGGUUUUGGUCACAGCAGCGACCAAACCUUCAUUAACUACUCCAGCCUCCAACCGCAAACAUGUAGACGACGAUGACGACUCGGAUGAAGACGAAGACGAGAAAUCAUCCGAAGAAGUGGAUCUGAAGCUGGGAUUGGAAAACAGUGACUCCCAGAGAUCAGAGGCUCAAGCUACGGGCAUGAUGGUCCUGGCUCUCUUGGACAAGAUCAUCGGCGUUGUGGAUCAGAUCCAGUUGACGCAGAACGGCCUGGAGUCCCGGCAGGAGAGCAUGGAGAAGAAUAUGACCAGCAUCCAGAGCGAGCUGCACAAGCUAGCCAAGAGCCAGGGCGGCACAGCCGGCACGGUCACCAAGCUCCUGGAGAAAGUGCGCAAGGUGAACGUCAACGUGAAGAGCGUACGGUCCGAACUGGAGAGGCAGGCGGGUCAGAUUAAGAAGCUGGAGAACAACGAGCAGGAGCUGCUGAAGAGGAAGAAUUUCAAAGUGCUCAUCUUCCAGGAUAAAGAAAAGCCAGUGAAGACCACUCAGAAGCCCGAGGCAGCAGUAAGCGCGGAGGGAGAACAUGUACUGAGUGAAGGAGAGGAACCAAAAGGCACAGACGAAGUGGUGGAGGUCGAGGAAACCGUAGAGGAGUCGCGUGUGGCGCGCAUCAAACGCAGCGGCCUACAACGUGUGGAUGAAAUCAAGAAGGCGUUCAGCAAGGAGCAGAUGGAGAAGACCAAGCAGCGAACCAAAGAGAACCUGGAGAAAACCCGUCAGAGAACCAAGGAGAACCUGGAGAAGACGCGCGUGAGGACCCGCGAGAACUUACAGAAGACCAGGGUGACCAUUGGGAAGAAGAUGGGCAAGCUAGGAACGAAGAUCAGACCCAAGAAGGAGCGCAAAGAGAAGAUCCGCGUGUCACGCGACAAGAUGAAGAAGUCACUGAAAUCCGACAACAAGGUCUACGCCCGCUCGAAAAUCACCACUUACCGCGUGCCGCCGUUCACCUUCUACGUGAAGAAGAUCCGCGAGGGCGAGGAACCGGAGCCCGAAUCCGAGCCCGAGGACGAAGCCGAAGAGGUGCAAGUGGAGGACGCAGAGGACGCAGCAGUGAAGGAAGCCGAGCUGGUGAACCUGAGCGGCGCUGAUGAGGCUCUGCUCCAGGCAGCUGAUCAUUCGCAACUCGUAAUCCAGGAUUCGGUUCAGCCACGGGAGAAAGCAAGCCAAUGAAGCCGAAAAAACAACAACAAGCACGUGUGGAAAUCUGGAGCUGAUUUGAUGAAGGCUACGGGGAUGUAUACACAGACGUGACAGCGAAGGGAAAAAUAGCUGAAGACACAGAAGCAUGUUGGAUUUGAGGAACAAACUCAUUUACAUUACUUUAUAUACACAAAUACAGUUUCUAAUUGCAGUCUCCACACUUUCGAGAUGAAUUAUCUCACGGCAGAUGAGAAUUAUCUGGUGACUGGUAUCAGAUGCAGCAGGGCACGUUCACACUUCACACAUCUUCGUGUUAAUCCGAAUAAGCAAACUUCACACUUUAGCUUUGAUUAUUGUUUGGCUUGGUUUUGAUUUCACACUAGUUAAAGAAGCCAGGGACGGAAAACCUGUUAGUAAAACGUCCUUAUUUAUCGAGCAAACCUUUGACUGUAGAGUUACUGUAGAAAUCAGAGCCAGAUAAUUAUAUAUGAUCUAAACUACUUUCAUGCAUAAUGAAUCCAUUGGGGGUUUUUCUUUUAAGCACACAACAAUAGCAAUGUCACAUUUCUGCAGCUCCACCUUUCGGCUCAGUUUGUGUUAGUUUAGAUAUAAUACAUGAACAUAAAAAAAUUCCACCUGGACGCUCUCGGACCGGUCAUUCUGAUCCGAUCCGAAAGCUCGUGCUCUGUUCAUUUGUCACCUCCAAACAAAACGCACUAAUGGUUCGAUCCAUCUUGGGGUCUCGGGGGCUUAAAGACUGCAAUUAGAAACCGCUGCUCGGGGCAGUUGUAAUUCGAACCCGGCGGUCCCUAAUGACUUUUCAGAGCGUUCAAGAUGGCUCGAGUCAGGCUCCAGCAUCGAUUCGGACACGGAAUUGACCAAUACCAGGCUGAUCUCUAGAGCUGAGAGCUCUAUGCAUGUGGAGUUAUUAUAAUAAUAAUAAUAAUAAUAUUUACUCUAAACAUUAUGUGCUUAAUUUAUAACCACGGUUUCACAUUAAUUCUGCUUUUAUUCGGGAACUAAAAUAAGCUAAAAUCAGUGUCCCUGAUUAACCCUCACGCCUGGUGGUCAGCGUAUGUAGGUUAACGUACCUUUUCUUGUUCUGAGUUGAAUCCAACUGGAAGAGUGGUGGAAAGGAAUUUUAAAGUUGUAUAAUGAAAAUAGCAAAAGAUGAACGAAGGAAUAUACACAUGAAGUCUAUUCUACUUGUUAAAAAUUAAUAUUUUUUUGUUUUUUUUUGUUUAUUUUUUUUGGACAGCCAAUGGGCCUCAUUCAUCAGUUUAUUUAUUUAUUUUUUUGCGCAUCCCAAACCACAAUCUGAUAAAUUGAAGAACAUUCCAAGUCUGAUUCAUGAUCUGUUUUUUUUUCUUUUUCUUCUUUUUAGCCCCGGGGAAAUCUUCAUGAAUUUCACUUGAUAGUUAUGUGUCAUUCGUUAGCAUUAUUAAUCUACCAUAAUGUGUGUGUGUGUGAGAGAGAGAGAGAGAGAGAGAGAGAGAGAUUAACACACUCAAAGACAGACAGAAAAAAAUAGAUCUAUAUGAUUUUUCACAUUUUCCCCCCCAACACCAGGAUAUGAUUGAUGCUUAUUUGAAAGGCUACCGGUUUAGGAUUGUCCAGACAACUGGACUGGGGGUCUUAUGUAUUAGAAAUUUUAAGAAGCAGGAUUUGGACACUAAACACGUCAUGGGUCAUUAACUACAUUUAGGAUACAUGAAUUUCAGUCAGUGAACUUGUCUAGUUAUAGGUACACACAGAACAAGUGUGUUUGUUGAGAUCACCCAGCCACUCAUGGAUCUAAUUUACACAAGGCUAAUGCCUAAUAUAAAUGAUCUCUAACCUGACAUUACAUAACAUAACGUCAAUAAAUAACUGACCAAACACACCUGAUUAAUCAUCACCCCUGAGUACAAAGUUCUGGAGGUUAAAGUUCUCCAAAUUUAGCACGAUUUUAUCAUUUAUUUGUCACAUACGCUAUAUGACCAUCACAUCCCAUCCAUAUCCGGUUCUGUCUAAUCUUCUAGCACAAUAAUUAUAUUAGAGGCACACAAUUGUCUCUUUGUGUGCUAUAGUGAUACCAUUUGCCUUCGGAGACUCGAACCCCGUUCCAGCUGUGCACAAAGCACAGAGCUCCAUGACAUGAUGUGUAAAGGGGAAAAGCUUAAGUGUCCUUCACAGAGCCUUGACUCUGACUCAACCCGUCUGAACACCUUUGGGAUGAACUGGAACCCCAGACUGAAACCCAGACCAUCCCGAAAUCAGUGUCUGAUCUCACUAAUGCUCUUAAACACAAAUCCCCAUAGCCACGCUCCAUAACAGAGAGGAAAUCUUUCCUAGAAUAGAUGAUUGGAGCGCAUUAUAACAGUAAAGGGACUUAAAUCUGCAAUGGGAUAUAUAGAUAUAUCUAUAUCAAUAGAUAUUGGUGUCCACAAACAGCAAUAAAAAAAUCAUCCUAUGAGGGGAAAAUAGUGAGGAAUAGCGAUUCACCGAAGGGGAAAGGACAGAAAGUUUGUUUCGCAACGUUUCUGCAACCUCCAAAUUCCCAAAACCUAGGUUCCGUGAGCCAAUCAAAAGCAAGAGGGGCGGGGCUUCCGUCUCUUCAGUUGAUAUGCUUAGCAACGGAUCCACUAAUUUGUAGUGGAAGUUCUGUGUUUAAAUCUCUCUGUGUGAAUGUUAACUGAUACGAUAAAUACUGUACACUUUACUAUAAAGCCCAGUUAAACCCAUCCAGAUAAAUGAGGCCCAUUGUCCUGAACCUGACACCUUCAUUAGCUUAGACUUAGCAGGAUUUUCAUUCAUCACCGAUCUUAGGAAAAGCUUCUAAUGGAGAAACAUCAGCAAGCAUGCCUCGUGCUGCGGCGUUUUUUUUAUCCUGUACAUAAACGAAUCCAGACUAAUCACGUCCUUCACGUGUCCUGUACAUAUGAUACAUUAGCACAGAGUCAGUAUUAAUCUAGGAACUUUUCUUACCUUGGAUAGGAUGUGUGUGUCCUGCUUCAGAAGGAAGAACUGUAUAUGGGCUAGAGUAUAGAGUAUGAACCAUUUUUAUAUGCAUGACAGCAAGUAGUCACUAUCUUACGUUGCACACGUGUUGUGAGAGCUUGAUACUUAUAUAUAUAUAUUUUUUAGUGGAGCACCAGGGACAAACCGGGACACAACUGAUUAAAGUUUGGCCUCGAACUAUUAGUCAGGGUUUUUUUUUUUUUGUUUGUUUAUUUUGAGUCUGUCUGCCAUGAAGAUUGUUACCGUAAAAGCUCCAGCUCUGAUCAGCUCCAAAGUUCGCUCUGUUUUUAUCCUUGGCUUAUUCUAGAUGUUUGGAUUUUUAUUUAUUUAUUUUUUUGGCUGGAAGAAAUGCUUUGCUUAAAGAAAAAAACUAUAAAAAUUAUUUUUUUUUUUUUGCAGAGGUCAGUUAAUGCAGGAAUGACAAUAAAGACAUGAAGAUUGGAUGGAA